AAUAAUGCGGAUUCAUCCUGGGCCUAUUGUUGGCGUUGUGGACUCUAGUGAGUCGCAGGCUCACUCUCACUUCCAGUUCCAGGUUUGAAGAUGGCCGCUGCUACAGCACCGCCCCUAUGCGCCCUUCAAUUCCAUCAUCAUCAUCACCGUCCCCUCUACUCCCUGGCUCCCCCAACCCCCAAAUUCAUCUACCACCCAAUUUUAAGGUCACCUUGGCGUUAUAGUGGUCUUGGGCUUCUGGGUUGUCCUCAGGCCGCCAUUUCAGCACAAGCACAAGGUACUUUUGAUCCUGAGCUUCGGUCAGUGCUUCAACUUGCAACAGACUCCGAGUUGUAUGAGCUUGAAAGAAUCCUUUUUGGUCCAAGUUACUUCAGUCCUUUGUUAAAGUCGAUAACACAACAACAAGCAGAUGUUGACUACCACAUGAUCAAAGAAGACCCUGAAGAGCGAGAUGAUUUCAUUGCAAUUCUUGAAUCACGAUUCCUGUUCCUCGCAGCUGAUGCCCGCUCUACAUUAAGGGGUUGGAGGCCAUCAUAUAGAAAUGUCUUGCUUGGUGUGAGGAAAAAAUUAAACAUUCCCUGUUCAAGCAAAUUAUCAACGGAAGACUUAGAAGUAGAGAUUUUUCUUCAUCUGUUGCAGGACAACUCAAGGGAAGAAUCAGGAACCUUCCCGAAGUCUCGGGAAAGCUACAAGACUUCUAGCAAUCAUAGUAGCUUAGAAUUUGGACUUAGUCAGUCAAAGGUACAAUCUGUUGCUGAGGAGUUCCGUUCAAUUAUUUUGAAGGGUGGUGGGAUACUUACACUAGGGAAAAUAUAUCAGUUGUUUGCAAGGAGAUUGUCCGGAAAGAUGGUCUUAGAAGCUGCUAACUAUCGGAUAAAGAAUGAAGUUAUCAAAAAGGGUGCUGCAGGUGCUGCAUCACGAUAUCUGGGGCUUAGGAGCAUGAUGGUGUUACUUGGCCCGAUGCUAUGGGGUACAUUUCUGGCAGAUGUUGUCAUUCAAAUGCUUGGAACCGAUUAUGCUAGAAUCCUGCGAGCAAUUUAUGCAUUUGCACAGAUUCGUAUCACUCGCACAUAUAGGUUACCAUCUGACUUCAACGGAGGAAAUUAGUCUUUGAAGGUCGGAUUCUAAACCUCUUCCACUAUUGAAUUGAGAGCUUCAUUUGAUUCUUGAGCUGCAACAGUGAGUAGAAUAGUUUUAGGGUUCUGUGAAAAUCCUUUUUGUCAAUAUUGUAUAUAUUGUUAAAAUUAAGAGAGGCUGAUGACCAUAUAAUGAAUUGUACAAGUUACUAAUCUUGUUUUUAGAAUAAUAUUGGAGGAUUGUUGGUGUACAAA